AUGGAAUUGGUUGUUCUCGACGAAGACAUCGUCAAUGCAGAUACUCCAGUUGAAACUAUAUACACAGAAGCUAAAGAAUCUGAAUUAAUGAGGAAAACAAUAACUAGUGAUGAUGAAGCAUAUAAUUUGUACAAUGAUUAUGCUUUUAAGAUUGGUUUUAGUAUAAGGAAGGGAAAUAAUGACUCUAAGAGGCAUGUGAGGAAGUUUGAGAAGUUAGAUUUUCGUACAAAUUGUGGCGCUUUUGUGGAGUUUAUUAUUGAUCCAGGUGUAUGGACUGUUGUGGAUCAUCAGAUGGAACAUAAUCAUCCUUUUAUACCAGUUGACAAAAGACAUUUGUUAAGGUCUCAAAGAAAUGUGAGUAAAGAGCAAUUGAAGGUCAUAAGUGUAAUGAAGGCAAGUGGUGUUAGGGUAACUGAUUCACUAGGUCUUUUGUCCAAAGAAGUUGGUGGUUCGCCGAAUCUUGGGUGUACUCGAAAGGAUAUAUACAAUGCUUUGACUACUGAAAAGGCCAAUAGACUUGAUGGCUCGGAUUGUAAUCAAUUGAUCAAGUAUUUUGCUCAAAGGCAAGCAAAGGAAGCUGAUUUCUAUUAUGAGUUUGAGGUAGAUGAAGGAAAUUCCCUUACUUGUGUUUUUUGGAGAGAUGGAAGAAUGAAAAGGGAUUAUGAACACUUUGGUGAUUUGAUGGUUUUUGACACUACUUAUAGAACAAACAAGUAUGGCAUGAGGCCCCUUUUGUUGGUAUGA